UUGGCCCCUCGGCGACGCCGUAGCGGGGGCCGGCGGGCGCGUUCCUCUGGGCGGGCGGUUUGGGUGCUUGCUCGGACUGGCCGAGGGCGCGGGGCUCCGGGGUUCGGGGCUCGCCCCCCGCUCCGGGCAGGAGCGCCUAUGGCGUUUGUAAGGUGACCCUGCGCUCACCGACUUUCUCCGGGGGCGGAGGAAGCACCCAUGAACCCUUCGGCGACCUUCCUCGCCGGGCGCCAGAACUUGUGCUCUUUGCCCCCCGCUCAUUACUGCAUCCCCAGCCACUUGGCGCUCAGCAAGGAUUUGUCCAGUGAAUUAAUGAAUGGUUUAUCAAAGACCAGAAUUUAAAUCUUGUGAUUUGAUAUCACUUGACCCAAAUUCCGUUUUUUGUGCUUACUAAACAUCGGGUCAGAAGUUGAGAUUUCCACUAUCGAGAAACAACGGAAAGAGCUGCAGUUGCUUAUUGGAGAAUUAAAAGAUCGUGAUAAAGAGCUCAAUGAUAUGGUUACAGUACAUCAGAGACAACUUCUUUCAUGGGAAGAGGAUCGGCAGAAAGUGUUGACUUUGGAAGAACGUUGCAGCAAAUUAGAGGGUGAACUACAUAAAAGAACUGAAAUAAUCAGGUCACUCACAAAGAAGGUAAAAACCCUUGAAUCGAAUCAAAUUGAAUGCCAGGCGGUUCUUCAGAAGACUCAGCUACAGCUUCAGGAAAUGGCUCAAAAGGCAACCCAUUCCUCUCUCCUCUCUGAAGACCUCGAGGCUAGAAACGAAAAUCUCAGCAACACGUUAGUGGAACUUUCUGCCCAGGUAGGACAAUUACAAGCUCGAGAACAGGCUCUCACUACAAUGAUAAAGCUAAAGGACAAAGAUAUUAUCGAAGCCGUCAACCACAUUGCAGACUGCUCGGGAAAAUUUAAACUGUUAGAGCAUGCCUUGCGUGAUGCGAAGAUGGUGGAGACGUGUAUCGUGAAAGAAAAGCAAGAUUACAAGCAGAAACUGAAGACACUUAAAGUUGAAGUCAAUAAACUGAAAGAGGAUCUAAAUGAAAAGACAACAGAAAAUAAUGAACAGCGGGAAGAGAUCAUUCGCCUCAAGCAAGAGAAAAGUUGCCUGCAUGAUGAACUGGUUUUUACUGCAGAGAGAGAAAAAAGGAAAGAUGAGUUACUUGAUAUUGCAAAGUCAAAGCAAGAGCGCACAAAUGCAGAACUCCAUAAUCUGAGACAGAUUUAUGUAAAACAACAGAGUGAUCUGCAGUUUCUUAAUUUUAAUGUGGAAAAUUCUCAGGAAUUAAUACAGAUAUAUGACUCAAAGAUGGAGGAAUCAAAGGUUCUGGAGUCCAGCAGAGACAUGUGUUUGUCAGACCUUGAGAAUCACCGCCCGAAAGUCGACAUCAAGAGGGAGAAAAAUCAGAGGUCAUUGGUUAAAGAUGCAAAAUUUGAGACCACGUUCCUGCAGAAUCGGUCAGACAGGGGCCCCUGUGAUGUGUGCAAAGAGAAGAGGCGACAGGGUAAUCCUUCGUUUGGGGAAAAAAGUGUAUUUGCUAUCUCAUCUCUGUUGACAAAAGACUUACUGGAGAAGCAAAAGUCUUGGUCUCUGGGAGGAAAAAUGCAGAUGGAACCGGAAAACCAAAGUAGAUUGUGCAAGAUCCACGCCAAGUCACCAAAAGAUAAUGGGAUCGGGAUUCAGAAUGAAGAGAAACAACUCUCGGACACAUCCACGUCGUCUGAUGAGAGACAGUGGCAUGAUGUCAAUGUGUACCUGGGCCUCGCCAGCUGCUCCGGUUCCAGACAACCAGAAAAGCCGGAUGUUGAAAGUCAAGAUGACAUAGAAAGGUCUGGAGUCACCUGUUGCCAUAAAAAUGAGACCUGUCUGGGGGAGAGUGACAUGUAUGAAUCCAAGUGCUGCCACCCGAGUAACUUCAUCAUUGAAGCCCCAGGCCCCAUGUCUGACACGGAGUGGAUGAGCAUUUUCAAGCCUUCUAAAGUGCAAAGGAUUGUUCGCCACAAGUCUGUGUGUACUUGUUCGGAAAGUGCCGGUGGGAGGAAGUACAACUCCGCCACGAGUGAGCUAAUUGCCAUCCAGCAUUCCCACUGUUUGGGUUCUUCAAAAUCUGCUCCUAGAGAAGAUGAGAAAUUGAUAGAGACAGAGCCCUCUUCAGAUGCAAAGAACUCACCUAAGAUUUUGUUAUUCAACAAAGAGGCACCGUCGUCCAGUGACAAGGAUGACUUUUCGCCCACAAGCAAGCUUCAGCGUUUGCUGGCAGAGUCUCGCCAGAUGGUUACGGACCUGGAGCUGAGUACUCUGCUCCCCAUCAGCUCCGAGAAUCUCAACAGCAGUGCCAGAAACAACUUAGAAGUCACAGAAGAGUCAGCUCAGAAAAAUACCUUUCUUAAUAAUUGAAGAACACAGAAGUCAACUUCACUGUUCAUUGUGGUCAUAGAAGCCGAUUUCUCAUCUUUGGAAGGCAGGAAGCAGACAUCAAUACCUAAUGCUUAACCUUGAAAACAAAAAGGGGAUUGUAGUCCUUUGUAAACAACAUUUAAUACCAAAGGGAAGCAGAAACUGAAAGCUAAUUUUUUAACAUCUAUAUUUUGUUUGUUUUCAAGUUGACUGUUUUCAUGUUGAGGACAUUUUUUUUUUUAAAUGUGUAAGAAAUUAGACCUUACUGUGUCUUCUCUAUAUACAAACGUGGAAUUCUGCU